AUGGGAAACUAUGUAUCAGCAUGCACUUUUAUAAUCUCUCCUAUAAUGAAAAACAACAAGGCAGCUAGAGUUAUAUUUCCAUCGGGCGAAAUAAGGCAAUUUCGCGAGCUAGUUAAGGCGGCCGAGAUCAUGCUAGAGUGUCCUAGCUUUUUCUUAGUUAACACAAAGUCUUUAAACAUUAACCAAAGAUUCUCACCAUUAUCUGCUGAUGAAGAUUUAGAGCCAGGAAAUAUAUAUAUCAUGUUUCCUAUGAGAAGAGUGAAUUCUAUGGUGACUCCAGCUGAUAUGGCGGUUUUUUGGAUGGCUGGUAAUAACGCGGCUAAACGGAUUUCAGCUGGCAAGAUAUCACCAGAUACGAGUGGUGAUCAGCAGGUGAAGGAUGAGGAGGUGGUCCAGCAGCCUAGAUUGGUGAUUGAAGUGCCCGAGUUUAGUUAUAGAUUAGCGGUUUGUAGAUCAAGAAAGCCUUUCUUGGAUACUAUUAAGGAGGAGCCUAUUUAUGCAAGAUAG